AUGGAAAGCAACAUCCAGUCCAUCGUUGAUGCGCUGAGCUCGCGACGCAUCAACACCCUUACCGAGCUUCGACGUAUGGAACGCAUUCUGCUCGCUGCGGUCCAACCUCACGUCACUGACUUGCGCGAAAGCUCACUUGUGGAGGUAUUGGCUUCUACCUGGUUGAACUACGUGCAGAACAAUAAUCUCCUCAGCGAGUUGCGGAAUCUGACGCGAGAUUACCCCUUUAGCUCUGAGCUGUUGGAUGAGGCUAAGGGAUUGGUCAUGGCAGACCCGGAACGUACCCAAAGCUGGAAUUUUGCAUGGUUGGUGUUGGUCAAGAUUGACGAAAAAAACUUGAUCGACAAGUAUGCAAAGUCAUUAGCCACAAGUCCUGAUAUGUGGGGAGGAAGUCUGCCUCAAGAGGAGAUGAUCACCAUGCUCGAGGGAAAGUGCUGCGAGGACUGGAAAAGGGCUGUCGAGAUCAUGUUGAGACACUGGGAAACUCAGCCAGUUGCCCGAUUGAAGAUAUCGAACAGGAAUAAAAAAUGA